GCACCCCCUUGAAUGCACCGACUAGUCUUGUCGAAAGCUCGUCGUCCCUCGCAAGAACGUCGUGGCCGUACAUUCUACUUACCCACGUGCUCCGUUCCAUUCCAUGGCUUCUCUCUCCACACCUCACCCCGAUUAACUCCCGACAUAUAUGCAGCACACAGCCACAUGCUCGCUCGCAGCCUCUUGCAUUUGCGCGCCUAUGUCUGGCUGUAGCACGGACGGUGCGGCCAUGGCGGCCCCGCUCCACUUCGUGCUGGUGCCGCUCCUGGCGCAGGGCCACGUGAUCCCCAUGAUGGACAUGGCGCGCCUCAUCGCCGCCGCCGGCCGCGGCGGCGCGCGCGUCACCGUCGUCCUGACCCGCGUCCACGUCGCGCGCAGCAGGGCCGUCCUGGAGCACGCCGCGCGCGCGGGGCUGGCCGUGGACUUCGCGGAGCUCGAGUUCCCCGGCGCGUCCCUCGGCCUGCCGGACGGCUGCGAGAGCCACGACAUGAUCAGGGACUACUCCCACUUCAGGCUCUUCUGCGACGCCAUGGCCCUGCUCGCGGCCCCGCUGGAAUCCUACCUCCGCGCGCUGCCGCGGCUCCCGGACUGCGUCGUGGCCGACUCCUGCAGCCCGUACCCGACGGGCGUCGCCAGGCGGCUCGGACUCCCGCGGCUACUCUUCCACGGGCCCUCGGCCUCCUUCGUCCUCGCGGCCCACAACCUCGCGGCCAAGGACGGCUCGUCUUCCAUGGAGGGGGACGACGAGUUCGAGCCGUUCGAGGUGCCGGGAUUCCCGGUGCGCGCCGUGGUGAACAGGGCGACCUCGCAGGGCUUCUUGCAGUCUCCAGGGCUGGAGAAGCACAGGCAGGACAUACUCGACGCCGAGGCCACGGCCGACGGCGUCGUGCUCAACACGUGCUUGGCUUUCGAGGCCGCGUUCGUCGAGCGGUACGCGGAGAAGCUCGGCAAGAAGGUCUGGGCGAUCGGCCCGCUCUGCCUCCUCGACACCGAUGCCCAAACCACCGCCGUGAGAGGCAACCCGGCAGCCGUGGACGCCAGCGUUGUGGUUUCAUGGCUGGACGCGAGGCGGCCGCAGUCCGUGCUCUACGUGAGCUUCGGGAGCGUCGUCCAUUUAUUCCCGCCGCAGGUCGCCGAGCUCGCGGCCGGGUUAGAGGCGUCGAACAGGCCGUUCAUCUGGGUGGCCAAGGAGGCCGACGGCAUCGACGCCGGCUUCGAGGCGCGGGUGGAAGGCCGGGGCACCGUGAUCCGCGGCUGGGCGCCGCAGAUGGCCAUCCUGGCGCACCCUUCCGUCGGCGGCUUCCUGACGCACUGCGGCUGGAACUCGGCGCUGGAGUCGCUCUCGCACGGCGUGCCGCUCCUGACGUGGCCACAGCUCGCCGACCAGUUCAUGACCGAGAUGCUGGUCGUGGACGUGCUCCGCGCCGGCGUCCGUGCCGGCGUCAAGGUGCCGCUGACGCACGUCGUGAUGAACCCCGAGAUGGCGAAAUCGGCGCUGGUCGGGAGGGAGGACGUGGAGAGGGCGGUGGCCGCGCUGAUGGGCGACGACGAGGGGGCGGCGUUGCGGGCGAGGGCGAAGGAGCUCGCCGCGGAGGCGAGGGCCGCGAUGGCGUCCGGCGGGUCGUCGGACCGCGAUUUGGCGGACAUGGCUCGCCAUGUCGCGGAGCUCGUGAAGAGGAAGGACGGGGAGGUUGUUCGUGCAUGUUCUUGAGCUUGGGAGCUGGAACAAGACAGAUGGACGAUGAUCCAAAGGGCAAUUCAGAACGCAUUUUCGUGGCAUUAUAAUUCGUAGGGGUGCUUCAUAUUUCUCCCACGACACUGAUUGUACUGAGACGGAGACCCGAGGAAGAUCGUACAGGGCUCGAACAAAGAACACACAUAUGACUUAUAACGCACAUGCCCUGUUUUGCCCCUAGCUCGAGCGAAUAUUUGUGUGUCCAAAUAUUGCUAAUUCGUUGCGUUUGUUUCCUUCAAAAAAUAAAUAAAUAAAAAUAAAUCAUAGUGUUUAAAUA